CACGGUUGUCACCCUCCACAAUACUGGCUUUAGUCAGAUCGCCCGGCGUCAUUCUGUUCAGUAGACUCCGUCGUCUCUGAGUGAAAGGUUGGCCCAAACUCCGUUCUGCACUUCGUCGACGCCUUCGGCUGUUGGAAAUCAUGUCCUUAGAAGAGAGAUUCAAUGAGGCUGCUGAGAAGGUCAAGAACCUCUCCAAGAAACCUAAUGAUGAGGAGCUGCUAGAAAUUUAUGCACUCUUCAAGCAGGGAACUGUAGGAGAUUGCAACACGGAGCGACCUGGUAUGAUGGAUUUCAAAGGAAAAGCAAAGUGGGACGCUUGGAAUGGCAAGAAGGGAAUGACAAAGGAUGCUGCUAUGGAGGCUUACAUCAACAAGGCUGACCAACUUAUUGCCACCUACAACUAACCUGGAAAUUUUGUCACAUAUCUUUGAAUGUAAAAAUGAUCAAAGAUAUUUUCUGUGAUUUUUCAAUGCAAUACUUUUAAAUUUUUUUUGUUUGAGUAAAUUAGGUGUUGACAAGAUAAUUAAGAACUAUCUUCAUUUUAUAAAUUCUUUGGAAACAGUUGUAUUUUGAUACUUGCAAAAUAUAAUAGUGAAAGUACUUCUUUAGAUGUA